AUGAAUCCAUCCGAUCACAACCAAUCUUCCACCACAGUGGGAAAACCUUCAUCGGGACCGUACACAAGUCCACCGCCGAUUGGUUAUCCGACAAGAGAUGCGGUGGUUGGUGAUCCUCCGGCAGCCGCAGUGGAGACUAAGUCCAAGGGCGAUGGCUUUUGGAAAGGAUGUUGUGCUGCCAUAUGCUGCUGCUGUGUCCUGGACGCAUGCUUCUGA